AUGCUGAGGGCGAGAGGGGGCCCAGACUCCACUCCCCAGACAGCAGGGUCGGCUGCGCUGCCCCCCUGAGCCCCCAGACAGACACCCACGGACAGCCAGCCAUGCAGGUGCCCCUUGGCCGGUUAGCUGCUUUCCUGGGCCUGCUCAGCGCGGCCCUGCUGCCCCUGGCGUCUGGGAAGCCCAGACCUCAGCCCUGGGCUGCGAGCAAUGAAACCCGCGCUGUGCCAGGAGGCGCCCCUGUGCCACCCCCCGGCCUUGGCAGCUGGAAGGCCUUCCUGGGCUUACAGAGACCCCGGAGGCUGCGGGUGCAGGGUGCUUCGCUGGAAGUGGCCCCUGCCACCAUCUCUCUGCCGCUGGAUCCUCAGCAAGUGACCCAGGAGGUGUGCAAGGCUGUGCCCUUCACGCAGGUGCUGUCCAGACCCGGCUGCUCCGUGGCGCGCCUGCGCAACCACAUCUGCUUUGGCCGCUGCACCUCAGUCUUCGUGCCCGGCUCCGACCCUGCCUCGCUGGCCCUCUGCAACAGCUGCGAGCCGGGCCGCCAGCGCCGGACCCCGGUGGUGCUGUGGUGCCAAGGGGGCGGGCCCGUGUCAACGUGGCGGCGGGUGAAGAUGUUCACCGUGCUGAUUAACAGCUGUCAGUGCGGCCCAAAGCCAUGA